AUGAGCAACACAAUGGAAAAAUGUGCACAAGAAUGCGUAGCACAUCUAACCAAGACCUUUACCAACAUAGCUAAUGAAAAUUCAGAUGUAAGAAGGGUACCAUUGGAGAGCUCUGUGUUUAGUAGCGAUUUACUAGAUUUUAAUUGGGGUAUCUCCGAAGAUCUAAUUGUAGAUACCAAUAAAGACCUUUUUGUAGAUUAUGUUUUGAAGACUAUGAUAUCAGAUUGCAUAAUUCCUGAAAGAGAAGGGCAAGAAGGUAAAGGAUUAACAGCCAAGACUUUAGAUAUGUGUAUUGUAGUUUUGGAUUUUGUUUAUCAUUCAAGGAAAAAUAGAAAAAUUCCAGGAAAUUGGGGGUCAACCUUUUUUGAAAUAUUCUCGCAUUGUUUGAAUUUAUUAUCUUGGCCUUCAGAAAUGUUAGAUUUCUGGCCUUAUACUGAAUCUAGAAUCGAGUGGUUUAAAAUGGGGAAUUCCUUAAACCCUGUUGAAUAUGGUUCUACGGAAUUGAUAAGUUACAAUGCUCCUCUAUCACAAAAACUUCGUCAAUGGAAUAGCACUUUAAAAACUAUUGCUAAUAAUAACAAAUUAAAUACUGAAGAUCACUACAUUAUGAAAUAUAAGUUUGAAAAGUUCAUUUCGGAAAUUUUGCCAAUUUCUGACGAAAGUAACUUCAAUCGUUCAGGAACUCUAUCAACUAAUUUCGAUACAGGCGACAUUUGGCAUAGUUCAAAACCAUCGAAUGACAAUACUAUAAGAAGACAAACUUCAAGUGAAAAAUUUCUAUAUGAUCAUUCAAAAACGAGAAGCAGGUUAUUUAGAGAUCCAGUCUAUUUUUUUUUCAAGUGUACAGAAACAAAAAGUACGAUAGAACAAUAUCUGACUCCACUUUUAAACGUUAUGUUAGAGGCUGAAAAUGAAUUUUAUAAUCAAAUAAGAGUGACCAGUACUAGAAUAUCUGCAGCAAAUAAUGCUCUAAAUAAAGGCUACCCUUUCAAUUAUGAUAGUCUCAAAAUCAAGGAAUCCUCUUUUGUAAAGAGUUCAGUGGCUAUCCAAGAGAAGCUUGCUAAACACUGGGAUGGUUUCUAUAAGUGCUAUAAUGACAGAAAGCAAUUACCAAGUAUUACUUUUCUUGAUUUGUCUUCAAAGAAUGCUGAUGGAUUAUUCCAGCAAUACUCUAGAACAGAUAACGAUUACCAUAGAAAACAAUUCAUUUUACAAUUUUCCUCUUUUGUAUCACUGCUGAAUAUAUUAGCAUCAUCUGAAGAGGCUAGCAAUUUCUAUAAAACCUGUCAUGCAAAGGAUAAUCCAACAAGAAAGGAUUAUGAUGACUCCUUAACCCCAACUCAAAAAUCAUUGAUAGCAUAUUUUCAACAGCUUUUUGAAACUAGAAUCGUAAGUUUCUAUAAGAAUAGAGAUCCUACAUUUUUAAAGAUUAUUCUUGCUCUAAUAAAAUCCGAUGAGAAACUAUUAUCGAGCAAAAUUGAUGGUUUCAAAGAAUUCAGUAAUUUAAAAACAUCAGGAGAAGAAAUCAAAGUCCCUUCAAUAGAUGAGAAUUUUAAAAAAUUCGGAUUUGUUAAGUUAGGUAAUAAAAAUAUCAAUAAUGUUUGGAAGAUUGAUUCUGGUUUAGACUUAAUAAAAACUAAAAGCGUGGAUGCGAGAGAAAAUUAUGGAAUACUGAAAAGAAAAUGGGAGGAAGAUCCUAAUAAUGAAGAAGGAAAUGAUAAAAUAGUAACACAAUGGAAAAACUUAAGGAUUUUAAGAUCCCAAUAUCUAUUUGAUUUCAAUAAAGUGGACGAAGACACAGGUAUUUCUGGACUUUUUGAUGAUUCCCGAGUAGCUGCUUCUACAGAAAGAAAAGAUGAGGAAAGACAGAACCUAGUCAAGAAAUUAAAAUCAUCCCAUUAUGAAGAUUUAGAAACGGCAAGAACAUACAUGGAGAAAGAAGAGGAAAGGAAGAAACAAUUAGAAGAAGAAAGAAAUAAAAUCAUUUCUAUCGAAACUGAGAAGACUUCAAAGGAAGAAAACGCAACAUCAGAGCCGCAAAUUGAAACAGCUAGUGCAUCUGAAGCCCAAACGCCUGAACAAGAGGUAGAAAUAGAAACUGGAAAGGAGCAAGAAGGAAAACAGGAUGGAGAACAAGAACUGGAAUUUGCAAAGGAAGAGACGCUCACCACACAAAGUAACAGUCCAGCAAUUGAAAACUCUGAAAUCGAAGCUACAAAGGAACCAUCACCAAGCAUUGAUGCUUCUCCAGAAGAGAAACAAGAUCUAGAAAACGUUCCUGAUUCAGAGUUAUCCAACAGCAACAACCACGAAAACAAUUAG